AAGCACGCGGGUCGGAGCGGCGGAGAGGGCGGCGGAGAGGGUGGCGGACCUGAGGUUCGUGGAGAAGUUCUUCCUGGAGUGGCAGUUCUCAGAGCGGGUGCAUGCCGCAGAGAUCGGGGCCUCUGGCAGGGUGUCCGUGCUGCAGGACGCCUGCCACCACCCCGAGCGGAUCGUGCAGCGCGCCAGCGCCCAGCUCCGCAGGAGCUGGGACAGGGAGCUGCUGGAGACUUGCUUGGUGUCCUGGAGGGAGCUGGCCGUGCACGAGCGGCUGCGGCGCCGCCACGGCGCGGAGCGCGGGCAGCAGACCACCGCGCUGCAGCAGCGGCGCGACGCGGGCGCGGCGCGGCUGGACAUCCAGAAGGAUGGCUCAGCAGUUGCAGCGGAACCACGGCAGGGUGCUGCUGCAGAGGUGCGCAGCUGCGUGGCGCCACGGCAGGCUGCAGAGAAGGCAUGCCGCGGAGUUGGAGCAGGUGCGCAAGGCUGGCGUCGGCCGUGGCGUCGCCUCUUCAAACAUCGUGGCGGAGCGGCUGCAGCGACUGCGGGUGGUGGACGCAGCGCGGCGCGUCCUGGGCGCAUGGGCGAGGGGCGCGCAUCGUCAGCGGGUGCGGGCCCAGAUGGACGUGGGCGACCGCUCGGCCGAGGUGGUGGCGAGGCACUUCCGCGCAGCGCAGACCGCCAAGGUGCUGCGGCGGAUCGUGCACGACUGGGGCAGGGAGUCGCUGCGCGAGCGUGCGCAGAAGGCCUCGGAGCGGUCGAGGCUGCCCGAGGGGAUCAUGGAGCGGAUGGCGGACAGGAUCCGAGCGCAGCACGACGCGGAGCUGACGCAGUGGUGCCUGGCCUGCUGGACCGCGCACAGCCACCGGGAGGCCAUGCACCGCAGGCACGCGUCGGAGCUCCAGGAGCUGCGCGCCGCCAGCGCCCUGCGCGGGGCCGACAGGGCCGAGCGCGCGGCGGAGAGGUUCCGUGCAGCCGAGGGCGCGCUCCUCGCUCAGUGCUGCUUGGCAGCCUGGGCGCGCGGCGCCAACGUGGAGCGGAUGCACCGACAGCACGCGGCGGCACUGGACCGCCUCCGCCACGGGGAGCAGCAGCUCUCCGUGAGGGCCGCUGCGGCUUCGGUGGCGAGCAGGAUGGCCGAGGACGCGGACUUGCUGCUCCUGGGCAGGCUCCAGGCGGCCUGGUCCAAAGUCGCGCGACUGGAGCGCGUGGGGCGCAAGUUCCAGCAGGAGCGAGAGGGCACCGCCGAUGUGGUGGCGGAGAGAAUGAGGCAGUCACACUUGAGGGAGCUGCUGGCGGGCUGCCUUGCCGCCUGGCAGCGGGAAGGCCAGUGGGCGGCCCAACGUGCCAGGGCUCUGGGCGAGAGGGAGGCUGCGGCCGAGAGGAUGGCAGAGAAACUCAGGAAGGGCCACAUCCGGGAGCUGCAGCUCAACACUGUGGCCGGCUGGCGCGAGGAGGUCCAGCGGGCCCAUCGGCGCGCGGAGCGGGACAAGCACCUCGCGGAGCGCGAGGCAUUGGCAGAGAAGUUCGCGGAGAAGAUCAGGGACACUCACAGUCGGGAGUUGCAGCUCACCACCGUGGCCGGCUGGCGCGAGGAGGUCCAGCGGGCCCAUCGGCGCGCGGAGCGGGACAAGCACCUCGCUGAGCGCGAGGCAGCGGCGGAGAAGUUCGCGGAGAAGAUCAGAGACACUCACAGUCGGGAGUUGCAGCUCAACACUGUGGCCGGCUGGCGCGAGGAGGUCCAGCGGGCCCAUCGGCGCGCGGAGCGGGACAAGCACCUCGCUGAGCGCGAGGCAGCCGCGGAGAAGUUCGCGGAGAAGAUCAGGGACACUCACAGUCGGGAGUUGCAGCUCAACACUGUGGCCGGCUGGCGCGAGGAGGUCCAGCGGGCCCAUCGGCGCGCGGAGCGGGACAAGCACCUCGCGGAGCGCGAGGCAUUGGCAGAGAAGUUCGCGGAGAAGAUCAGGGACACUCACAGUCGGGAGUUGCAGCUCAACUCUGUGGCCGGCUGGCGCGAGGAGGUCCAGCGGGCCCAUCGGCGCGCGGAGCGGGACAAGCACCUCGCGGAGCGCGAGGCAUUGGCGGAGAAGUUCGCGGAGAAGAUCAGGGACAGCCACAUCCGAGAGUUGCAGCUCAACACUGUGGCCGGCUGGCGCGAGGAGGUCCAGCGGGCCCAUCGGCGCGCGGAGCGGGACAAGCACCUCGCUGAGCGCGAGGCAGCCGCGGAGAAGUUCGCGGAGAAGAUCAGGGACACUCACAGUCGGGAGUUGCAGCUCAACUCUGUGGCCGGCUGGCGCGAGGAGGUCCAGCGGGCCCAUCGGCGCGCGGAGCGCGACAAGCACCUCGCGGAGCGCGAGGCAUUGGCGGAGAAGUUCGCGGAGAAGAUCAGGGACACUCACAGUCGGGAGUUGCAGCUCAACUCUGUGGCCGGCUGGCGCGAGGAGGUCCAGCGGGCCCAUCGGCGCGCGGAGCUCGACAAGCACCUCGCGGAGCGCGAGGCAGCGGCGCAAAGGAUGGCGCAGCGGCUAAUCAUUGGCCACGGGCAAGAGUUGUUGGCAGCCACAGUUGCGCACUGGCACAAGGAGGCUCAUCGUCUCAAAGAGCGGUCGCGGGAGCUCGCCGACAAGGAAGAUGCGGCCGCGCGGAUGGCUGACCAAUUUGAGAAGAACCACUGCCGGCAUCUGCUGGCCUCUUGCGUGGGCGCGUGGGCUGGCCACGCCUCGCGCGAGCGCGCGAGGGCGAGACAGGCGGCGGAGCUCGACCAGCUCAGGAACGCGCAGCGCGAGAGGGGCGACGCCACCGCGGAGCGCUUGGCGGACAGUUGGGUCAGGGCCAGACUCCACGAGCUGGUGCGGGCGUGCCUGGACAGCUGGACAGAAGGUGCGCAGCAGCUGCGGGCCCGCAGGGGCCGGGCGGAGCAGGUCGCGGAGCAGUGGCGCUCGGAGAGCUUGGGGGCUCUUCAGCGCGCGUGCCUGGCGGCUUGGUCUGCGUGGUGCCGCGACGCGCGCCUGCAGCAGGAGCGCGGCGCGCAGGCCGCGGAGGUGGCCCGCCUGAAGGCGAUGCAGAACUCCGAGCUGGAGCAGCUGAGGCAUGUCCAGCGCGAGCGCGGCGACGCCACCGCCGAGCGGAUGGCGGACCAGUUCAAGGCCGCCCGCGAGGUGGGGUUGCUGCAGCAGUGCAUGGCCAGGUGGGCGCCGCUCGCGAAGCUGCAGCAGAAGAGCAAGGAGGCGGCGCUGCGGGCCGCAGAGGAGUGGUCGACGGAGGCCGCGAGGGAGCUCCUGCGCUGCACCCUGUGCGCGUGGUCCCGCGACGCCCACCGAGAGGCCGCGAGGGCCAGGCACGCCGCGGAGAUGGAGAGCUGGAGGGAGUCGGAGCGCGUCAGAGGCGACGGCACCGCGGAGCUCAUGGCGGAGCGGCUGCGCGCGGAGAGGCUGCGCGGCCUGCUGCAGGCGUGCCUCGGCGCGUGGCAGGACGACCGGGCGCGCGAGAGGUCCAGGGCGCAGCACGCCGAGCACGCCGCCCUCGUGCAGCGGGUGGCGGGGCGGCUGCGCGCCACGAGGGAGCGGGCCGCCGAGGCCCAGUGCAGGGCGCGCUCCCGGAGGGCCCUGGGCGCCUGCGUGGGUGCCUGGGCGAGGCGGUCGAGCCAGCAGGCCGCCAGGGCGCAGGCCGGCUGGGCGCGCCGGAGGAGGCCGGAGGGCCUCUGCUUCCACGCAUGGGCUCGCCUGGCGAGCCGACAGGCGCCGCCGGUCGCGCGCGGCAGCGUCGCCACGCUCGGGGCCGUGGUGGACGCCGACCAGCUGGUGCUCGCGGCGGACGCGCUCCCGGAGCAGGACGCGCAGGCGGAGCCGCUGCCCCCCCGGGAGCUGACGGUGGGCGAGGCCGAGGCGCUGGUCGAGGAGGUGGUGGCCCUGAGGUCCGCCGGGGCCGAGCUGCGGGCCCGGCGGGAGGCGCUGGAGGAGGAGAACGCCGGCCUGCGGCGCCACUGCGCCGGGGCGCUGCGCCACGCGGACGCGCUGGCAGAGCGCGCGGCGGCGGCGCUGUGGCGCCGCUCGGCGCGCCACCCGGGCGGCCGCAGCUUCCGCGGCUGGGCCGUGCAGGCCGCCCGAGAGCGCCGCGCGGCGGCCGCCGCGCCCGCGGAGGGCCCCUGGGUGUCGGUGGACGGCGGCCCCUUCGUGGCCGUCGGCCCGCUGCCGCCGGGCGGCGGGCCCGCCCCUGCGGGCGCGGGGGGCGCGUUCGGCGGCGGCGGCGACUCCGCGGGGCUGGCCCUUGACAGCUGGUGACGCCGAGGGGAGAGCACCAUCUUCCUGUGCUGUCGAUCCCGCCCGCAAAAAACGCUGGUGUCUGUUGACCGUCCGCGAGCCAGCGGGGUCUGCGCCGUGGCUGCGGACGGUACCCAGAUCUCCGAUGCCUUGGCUUGCUUUCAGCGCGUGGGGUUCGAGAGCUCUCGGUCCCCACGCUCGGACUUGGCGCCGCGGGCUGCUUUCGCAAAUCCCAGGGCACGAAGCGGGCAUCCGGAGGCAUAGACCUCGGAAAAGCAGCGUCAUGAUGUUCUCGGCUCGCCGGGGGGUCUGGGGGCUGGCCCCUCCC